AUGUCCCAGCCAUUUUCCGACAUUCUCUGCGUCAGCAAUUUGCUCGUCGGUUGCGUCUUCGAUGUCAGGACUCCGGUGAUCAGGGGCAGGCUCCUGGAGCACCUUUGCCUGCCCUCGUCUUCAAGAGGCCAAGCUCAGGUAGUCAGCGGCUACUGGAUCCAGGCGGAAGGGACGGAUGGGAAGGCCAGGACCGAAGCCAAGCGGAGGGGAUCCUUAGGUAUUGCUUUGGUGCCGCCCGUAGUAGGGGCUUUUGGGCACUCGCUCGGAUUGGCAACGAAGGCCAAGCCCACAACCAGACGCGGUGAUCGCGCUCUGCCAGCAAACGCGCCAGGCUGCCUGCAGGACUGCGUCACCUCGUGCCGGGCUCAAGGACGCACCGGCGGUGACAUUCCCGGGUGCAGGGUUUCAUUGUUGUGUUAUAUUGCGACGGUUGGACCCGCAUACGACAGCACCGCACCGGUGCCUGCCGGCCGCGAGCCUAUUUCGACGUCAGGCCCCGGCGCCGAUCCAUCUUGCGACCGCGGGCGCCGUGACCGCUUCUGGCGACUUGUUUGA